CCAUGUACCGUGGACAUACAAACAUUGUAGAUGAUAUGACACGUCCAACUCCACCAUAAAGUGAAUAUAUCUGCCGGCACGAGACAAUGGCUGAACACACGCGUUCCACGGAUUCGGUUAAGUCUAUUUAUAGGCAAGCCAGAUUGCAUAGAUGGUCAGAGACUGUGGACAUGAUACAAGAGAUGGUCAGAGACUGCAGACAUAGUACAGAGAGAUGGUCAGAGACUGCAGACAUACUACAGGAGAUGGUCAGAGACUGCAGACACAGUACAGGAGAUGACCAGAGACUGCGGACACAGUACAGGAGAUGACCAGAGACUGCGGACA